AUGGACUUUGAGACCGUUCGCUGCGAAUGGACUUUGAAUGACUUAGAACAGGUGUGUAAUGGACUUUCGCCGGUCAGCAACCUUUGGACUUUGUCCGAUCGGCAACCUUUGGACUUUGAACAGCGGGUGGACUUUAACACGAACCUAACGAACGUAUUCGCGACACACAGACCACGGGAGGCGAUCAAGUACAAACCAAGCACAAAACUGAAGCACAAAUUUAAUCCAACAUUAGACGUAUUCGUACAAAAUAAAACUGAAAAGACUGCCACAGAACACAAAAACAAAGAAACAGAGAAAUGUAUGUCUAGAAACACCAAGACAAACGCCACCACUACCACAAGACGAAGUAGUAUAGACUUAUAUGAGGAAGCGGCUGCGAUUUUGGGAUUAACUUGUUCAGAAACUAAUAGUUGUAGAUGUUUAGAAUGUCAGUGUCAUUACUUCGAUUUCGAAGAGGAAAUUGAUUUUCAAACAGGAAACGAAUACAUGGUGAAUCACGCCUCGUCAUGCUCCAUUCAAUAGCAAAUCGUUAUCAUGAGAGAAUGUUUUUUAAAAAAUAUUAUAAACGUGAACUGUAUACAAAUAUUUCAGUAUUAUUCAUGUGAACGAUUGAAACUUGAAAUGUGUAAAGUAAAUGAUGUAUUUCGUUGAGAGUAAAACUGUUUUAAAAAGUUAGUUUUUAUCCCAAUGCAUAAAAGAAACCUUAUUGUAUAUUGAUUGUUUAUUCACAUGACGUUAUUCCAUCUGAGCUUGCAUUUGUUUA